UGUUAGCUCAGGGCCAGGCUUCCUCAGCAAAAAGAGGAGGAUGGGCAGUAGUUAGCUCAGGGCUAAUCUUCCUCAGGAAAAGAAAAAAAAUAGGGUUAGUCCACCCUUUACUGUGUUUACUCUUAAGGUAAGUUAACCUAGAUGCAAACACAGAGAAAACCAGAAAAACAGAGCCAUUGAUCUUUCUCCAGUUUCUCUAAGGAGAAAUCCAAACUUGAAAGAAUUAGCAAUAUAGGAAACAGAAAGUUCCCCAUUCCAAGAACCCAUUGUAGUAUCUCUGACUGCCUCCUAUCGCCGUCUCCCUGUAGUCCUGUAGGAUUAUGCAGAGAUAAGGGCACAGUCAGCCACUAGCAGGAAUAGACAUUGCUUAUUAAAAAGGACCAUUUUGAAACAAUUGCUUUCUUCAAGAACAAGUGAAAAUGCUUUGCAGUAAAGUAUUUGUGUCUAGCACAUUCUUUUCAGGGGAUAGUUUUUUUAUGCAGGUGGUUCCUUAAGACAAUUAAGGUGUCUUAAUUUUAUACACCAUAGAGACAAUAGGUAAUUUUCCUGGUUGUUUACCAGUUGUCAGAAAUGGUUCCAGGAAUAACUUGAGAUUCCCUAAGCUUUACCAGGCUGUUGAUACAUACGAGGCCAAUGUUUUACAGCCUUUUGGCCCCACUUGCAGAUACCUCUAAAAUGGCUCACAAGAAUUUCUGAGGUCUUUUCAGUUACUACAGGUAAGCCUUCUACCAGAUAUGCCAGAAUCCUUGAAGGUUGAAUCUUAGUACCUCUCUAUAUUUUCAGAAAUUUUUCUCCAGAAAUUUCUCUCAUACAUCCCCAUGAAUAUAUCCCUUCCAGCUGUUCUCUCUCUUGCUGAACAAUAUUAUCAAUGCACCAGAACCCUCAAAGUGCCAAAACUGUGUUAGUGAUCUCCUGAGCCUACCCUCCUCAUUGGAAUAUAACAUCUUAUACAAAGUAGGGCAGCUAAUGCCUCAAUCUGUUAUAAGAUAUUGGUGAAAUACUUCUGUUCUUACUUAAUAGCCCUCUCUCUUCCCAACACCAUGUAUGAAUCCAUGGGACUGGGUCAGAGAUGAAUUAGAAUGACCACCACCAUACUCUACUCAGAAUCACUCCUCCCAUCCUCCACCAAGUAAAGCUUUGAUUUUGGAUCAAGUUUUUUGUACUUCUUUCAUCUUCCUUCAGAGUGAGUUUGUCUCCUAGGAUGCCUCAGUUUUUUAUGUAAAUAAGCCUCUAGUGUGCUUAUGUGCUUGUUUAUAACACAGGACUAGAUUGUAAAGGUUAAGCUGGGACCCCUGUUACAAUGAGAACUCCUGAGCUCCAUGUCACAGCAUAGCUUGUCUUCUCUCAUUUCUUUACCAUUUCCUUUCUUUUUCUUCACCUUAUUUUCAUCCCCACAAUGGGCUGUUACUCUGCUUAUGCCCACUUUAAGAUGUAUUUACACAUUUAAUUUAAAUAAACUUUAGUCUAAUUUUUAACUUAUUGGAAUUUUUAACUUAUUGGAAUCUUCUUAGUCAUCUCAUAUACAUCAAAAACCCCAAAUUUGAACUUGUUUUUUAAUUGGUGCAAAAUUCAAUUUGUAAAAUAUUGUAUUUGGGACAGAGAAAGCAGUCUUCCCAAGAACUUCAAUUCAUAGUAACUAAUGGCAAAAUUUUGUUCUUUUCAUUAUUGGAGAAACUCUCUAGGAGCUGAAAACUGAGUCAGGUAUCUUGAGUAACUCCAGUGUUCUUGGGAUAGCUUCAACCAUAUACCUGCCUCUAAAGAUGUACAACCAUGUUCAGAACUUCUGUACUUUGGGCCCCUGCCUCUGCUUCAUUGUGAGCCAGCUGACUAACUUUACUCUCUUGUGUUUUGAGGGAACGGCAAGUUAGAUAUAGUCUCCCAUGGUGGGCAGCCAGUGUCUGAACAGCAACAACUCGGGGGGAUGGAGACAUGGUUAGUAAAUGAUAAUGGAUCCUGAAUUAAUGCACAGUAUAGUAGGAAGCUAUCUUAAAACUCCAGAAAGAGUACCUGUUCCAUCAUUUACUCAGAAUGAUCAGUCAGCUCCGACUCACCACUCUGUGAGCUUAGAAGUUAACCUUCCCAAAAUGCUUCAUAGUCCAAAUAGCCAAGCUCUUAUUUUAGCCUUAAAAACUCUUCAGGAAAAGAUUCAUCGUUUAGACUUAGAAAGAACACAAGCUGAAGAUAACCUGAACGUUCUUUCCAGAGAAGCGGCACAGUAUAAAAAGGCCUUGGAGAAUGAAACAAAUGAGAGAAAUCUGGCACACCAGGAACUGAUAAAGCAGAAAAAAGACAUAACUAUACAAUUAAGCUCAGCCCAGUCUCGUUGUACUCUUCUAGAGAAGCAACUAGAAUAUACAAAGAGAAUGGUUCUCAAUGUAGAGCGAGAGAAGAAUAUGAUCCUAGAACAACAGAGAUCAUUUGGAGGAAAAUUGACGCCUCAAAAAUAUCAAGUUUUCCAAUCCAUGAACAUGGCCCAGCUUCAAAGGGAAAAAGAACAAGAUCAUUUGAAGCUGCAAGCAAAACUUGAAAAGCUGGAUGUCAUAGAAAAAGAAUGUUUUAAACUUACAACAACUCAGAAAACUGCCGAGGACAAGAUUAAAUAUUUAGAGGAAAAACUUAAGGAAGAAGAACAUCACCGUAAGCUAUUUCAAGACAAAGCUUCUGAGCUUCAAACUGGACUUGAAAUCAAUAGAAUUUUAAUGUCUUCAGUAUCAAAUCCAAAACGCUCCAAGGAAAAGAAGAAAUCUUCAAAGUCUGCCAGUGCAAGCCAUUCCGUGAAGGCAAGUAGGCAAAACCUUCUGCAGACAAUGCAACAUUAUGGGCCACAUAUCCUUCCAAAACGUGCAGAAGUUACUGAGCCUAGACGUCUCUACAAGCCUACUAGAUCAACUUCCCAGCGUAAAGCUGUACCUCCUGACUCAGGAAAGUCCAUCUGCAUUUGUAACAAUGUGUCUGAACUUUUGAUGGCAAUGCAAGAUGAGCUGGACCAAAUGAGUAUGAAGCACCAAGAACUACUGAAUCAAAUAAAGGAAACUGAAAGCCAUUCAGUCUUUGAAAAUGCGGAAUGUGAACUAGAGCAUUUAGUCAAGAAAAUGGAAAUUAAAGUAGAACAAAUUUCCAAACUGAAGAAGCAUCAAGACAAUGUCCGUAAACUACAGCAAAAAGUUCAAAACUCAAAGAUGAGUGAAGCUUCAGGUAUUCAGCAAGAAGAUAACUAUCCUAACGGAUCAAACAACUUAAAAAAUAGCCCCAGAAAAUGUUUGCUAAACAACCCUCUUCAGAAGAGCAGCAACUUUCAUCCAAUACGAGUCCGUAAUCUUCAAAUGAAAUUGAGAAGAGAUGAUAUCAUGUGGGAACAGUAACACAAUAACAAAGCUGUCACUUGAACUCUGUCAAUGAAAUCUUGAAUUGUCUAAAGUGGUUUUAAUUUAAUACACCUUUAUGAAAUUUUGAAUUAUGUUUCUAGCCUCUAUAAAGUGUCAAGUUGUGGUAUCUUUAAAUUAAUGCCUAAUGAUCUCCUAAGAGUCCCAAAUAAUAAAUGAUUGCUUUUUUGUUUUUUUAUUGACUGAAAUACCUAAUCUCACCAUGUUUUAGAAACUUUGUUCACUUUGCAGAUAGCUUAAGUUAAAUCUACAAAAUUAUACAAGAUUGAUGGUAUUUAAAAUUGAACUAAAUUUGAGAUACAAGUAGCAUUCCACUUUUUCAUUUAGUAGGCUUGUACCCUUAAGAACCAAUGUAAAAUGAGCAGCACGUAUGGAAAGGUUUCCCACUUUCCUGGUGCUUCCUCCCUGCCUUGUCUUAGAGCUGUGAAAUGUUUUUCUUUGUUGGAAAGGAAAAAAGCUUGGCGAAGAGGCCUUUAGCCCAAGUUUCUAUGUGACACUUACAAAUGGGAACACACAGUUAACUUAAUUUUUAGAUGGCAAUAACUCAACUGCAGAAGUCUUCCUAUGCUGUUCCCAUUCUUUUACAAAUCUAGUGUUGUUUUCCUUUAACGCCAGUGAUCUAUCUUAUCUUACUCCUUUAUAACACUAACUUUUUAUGACUUUCAGUCUUUGCAUUAGAUAUAAUAUUUAUCAGUAUAAAUUGAGAAUGUAACUUUCCAGAACCCACAAAACUGGCGUUUUUUUCUAGGAAAGUAUAGGAAGAAGUUGGAGAUUUCAUUGCCUCAUCGAGCA